CUGUGGCAACACUGAGUCUUAGUUCAGAUGGUGUCAGUCAUUUUGUUAAAGGAAAACUUUAUUUGUUUUUUUGAUUACAUAUUUAUUUAUUGUGAAAUUUCUACUAUGGUAUCCAUAAAAAUUUGUGAAAAUUAACAAAUUUUAGUUCUAGAAUAAUUUAUCAAAAAGUUUAAGUACGACUAUUCGAAUGUGCGUCAUUAUAACCUCAAGAUUCAUCCUAUAGAAAGAUAAAUUCAGUGGGAAGUUCGAAAAUGUGGCCAACUCAAACAAGUCCACAAAACAGAGAGAAUCAUGCUCAGCGAAAUGAUGAAAAACUCACAACUCUGGGGAUGACAUCUGCAAUAUCGACUGCUGGUCCUAAACCAUCAGAUUUAAUAAAGACGAAAGAACUAGAAGAAUCAUUGAAACUAUUCGAUGUGUUCGAAUCUGAACAGGAACUUAAUCAGCGCAUUUAUAUUUUAGGAAAACUAUAUAACCUAGUCAAGCAAUGGAUCAAAGAAGUUUCUAUAAAACGUAAUAUGCCUGAAAGUGUAGCAGAACAAUUGGGGGGAAAAGUUUAUACAUUCGGUAGUUACAGACUUGGUGUUCACAGUAAAGGUGCAGAUAUUGAUGCACUAUGUGUUGCUCCGAGACACAUUAGCAGAACUGAAUUCUUUACUUCUUUUUAUGAACUUCUCAAGGCACAACCUGAAGUAUCUGAGCUCAGGGCAGUGGAAGAAGCUUACGUGCCAGUGAUCAGGAUGAAUUUUGAUGGGAUUGAGAUUGACAUGUUAUUUGCAAAACUAUCACUGAAAGAAAUUCCAGAUUCAAUAGAUUUACGUGAUGAUAUGGUACUGAAAAAUUUAGAUGAAAGGUGUGUACGGAGUUUGAAUGGUUGUCGAGUGACCGAUGAGAUUUUGAGGCUAGUUCCAAACAUAGAAAACUUUAGACUUGCUUUAAGAGCUAUUAAGCUAUGGGCGAAACGACACGGCAUUUACAGUAACGUUCUAGGAUAUUUGGGUGGUGUUUCCUGGGCUAUGCUGGUAGCAAGAACGUGCCAGCUGUAUCCAAAUGCGGCACCUUCAACUCUAGUGCAUAAGUUUUUCCUAAUUUUCUCGAAAUGGCUGUGGCCACAGCCUGUUUUACUGAAGCAACCAUCUAAUGUUAACCUUGGAUUCCCUGUGUGGGAUCCUAGGGUAAACAUUCAAGAUCGUUAUCACUUGAUGCCAAUUAUCACACCUGCUUAUCCUCAACAAAAUUCAACAUUCAAUGUGUCCCUUUCCACAAGAACAAUAAUGAUUGAAGAAUUCAAACAAGGUUUGUCUAUUACUGAUGAUAUUAUGCUCGGAAAGAGCAGUUGGGACAAGUUAUUUGAACAGCCAGCAUUUUUCACAAAAUACAAGCAUUUUAUUGUACUACUAGUAAUGGCAGAAAAUGCAAAAGAUCAUUUGGAGUGGUGCGGACUAGUUGAAAGCAAAGCUAGGAUUCUUGUAGGAUAUCUGGAAAGAAAUCAGUACAUAACCCUUGCACACAUCAAUCCUGAAAGCUACUCAAUGCUGGAGUCCCAAAGGGAACCUAACACAAUUUGUUCUAUGUGGUUUAUUGGACUGGAAUUCGCUAAGACAGACUUGAGUGUUGACCUUACAAGAGAUAUCAAAUCAUUUAUGGAUCACGUCAUCAAGCAUGCAAUAAAUAUUCAGGCUAUAAAAGAUGGAAUGACUUUGGAUGCAAGGCAUGUUAAGAGGAAACAGUUGUCACAGUAUUUGGCGCCAGGCCUUAUCAAACGAGAAAGGAAAUCUGGAAUUAUCAAGAACGAUACUAACCCUGAAAGUAGAAAGAGAAUGUCGUCUGAAGCUAUUCCGGAAGGAGAUACACCCAAUAAAAAGACUAGGCUAUCUGAAGAAAUUACUCCGGCUCAUUUAGUGGGAAUAUGCUUGAAGACUAGCAGUAAACAAAUCUAA